AUGUCCAACUCAAGCGUAAAUGCUUCAGGAAACAACUGCACUUACAGCUCAAUAAUAACUACUCAUGUCAUUCCAGUGGCUUAUGGAUUUAUUUUCAUAGGAGGAAUCCUGUUAAACGGUGUAGCAGCAUGGAUUUUUCUACAUGUUCCUAGCAAGAAAAGCUUUGUCGUCUAUCUCAAGAACAUUGUUGUUGCCGACCUUCUUAUGAGUCUGACUUUCCCCUUCAAAAUUCUUAAUGAUUCAGAAAUUGGGCCUUGGCAGCUCAACGUUUUUGUCUGCCGAUAUUCUGCUGUUAUUUUUUACCUAAAUAUGUACGUUGGAAUAAUAUUUUUUGGCCUCAUAGGGUUUGACAGAUACUACAAAAUUGUAAAGCCUCUGCUUACCUCCUUUGUUCACACAGUUAAUUACAGCAAGAUUAUCUCUGUAGUCGUAUGGGCAAUGCUCAUGUUUUUAUCGUUUCCAAAUAUUAUUUUAACUAAUCAAAGUCCUACAGAGAAGAAUUCCAAAAAGUGUGUAACUUUUAAAAGUGAGCUUGGUCUACAGUGGCAUAAGGCUUCAAACUAUAUUUGCCUAGGAAUUUUCUGGACUGUGUUUCUUCUGUUAAUCAUUUUUUACAGUGCAAUAACAAGAAAAAUAUAUAGUUCCUACAGAAAGUUCAGGAGAAAUUCAACGGUAACUAGGGAAAAAAUCAAUCGCAAUAUAUUCAGCAUCAUGUUUGUAUUUGUCAUUUGUUUUGUGCCAUAUCAUCUUUGCAGACUUCCAUACACAUUAAGUCAAACUGGGUCUCAGUUCUCCUGUCAGUCAAGCAAAAAUCUGUACUAUGGAAAAGAAUUUACUCUGUUACUGACCGCUGCAAAUGUGUGCCUUGAUCCCAUUAUUUAUUUAUUUCUCUGUAAGCCCUUUAGAGAAAAGUUAUACCAAAAACUGCAUCUCAAGUUGACAGCUUUAGGUGAAAUAGAAAACUCUAGAUCCAGAAGGUCAAACACUACAUGA